ACUCUGACGGGGUUUGGUCCAAAUCGGCGAAACGCCCCCAUCUAGUGAGGAAAUGAUGAAGUGCCGCGCAGUGCAGCCUCGACCCGACGCGCGGCUCAGGAAUAAAAAUGAAGUGCCCAUAGAGACCUGACUGUAUUCUUUGUGCUGUAAAACAGUAGGCUACGAUGGGGGAAAACACAUCAAAUAUUAAUAAUUAAUAUUUAACAUAUCGCAUAUUAAUUAACAUAUCGAAUAUUAAGAAUUAAUAAACAAAAUUAAAGAAUAGGAAACAAGCCCGCUGUUGCUGAUAUUUUCCUGCAUGUGGUCAUUACACGAAUUUACAAGGCACAUAGCUCACUGGGAGAGUGAACAAACAGCUUGUUUGGCUCCCUCGCCUUUUUGUUUGGCGUGGAGCCAUAUUCUAUGACACUGGGUUCAUUUUGACCGAAGUGGUGAAAACAGAAAUUUUAUGGGUAGGCCUAGGCCUACAAUAAAGUGUACAAGUGGGCUUAUGAAAGCGAUAGUUAGGAGACUGUGCUGGCAGCAUGAUCGCGCGUCUCCAGUUGCCCCACUACCCUCACCUUUCAUAUGGACUCCACACUUACCAAAGUAUUUGUGUGCUACGCACAUCCUCGUCUCUCAGCGAUAAAGUUUGAAUUUAUAGUAGUCUAAUGGGCAACAUAUAGAGGCAGUAAACAUGGACGAGGACUUCUUGUUCUGUGCCACAGUGCCCGAUAGCCUCGACAAGAAGGCCCUUGGUCCCCUGGGAGCGCACCUGAGCGGCGUGGCCCAGAACGCACUGCUCCUGAGUCCCGCCAGCCUCCAGCUCGCCCAGCUCCAGGCCCAGCUCGCACUGCAGCGCAUCAAGUUGGCCCAGAGCGCCGCCGUGGGAGGCAACGCCGCGGCCGCCAACGCCGCCACCUCGGUCCUCAACCAGGUCCUCUCCAAUGUGGCCAUGUCCCAGCCGCUGUUCAACCCGCUCCGGGGCUCCGCAGCCAUGGUGAGUGGAUCGCAGGCCGGACACAGUCACGGUCACGCCACUGCCGGGGGCUUCCCGAACAACACGCUGGCAUUCCCGCCGCCGAACUCCGGGGCCCUGGGGACGCUGGUGGGCGGAGGGUUCCCCCAUAAACCUCAUCCGGGAGGAGGUGGUGGAGGAGGAGGAGGGGGAGGAGGAGGGAUACGGCUCAACCACUCUGCGACAAACCCAACCCAGGGACCUGGACUGAAGGAGUACGGGAAGAAAGGGCCGACGUUCUCUGUGGACGCAGACCACCAAGCUCAGUAUGGCUACAUGGGAGGAGCAUCCGGGCCGUCCAACAAAGGAAACGAGGUGCAAUACAACACACAGGGCAAAAACAACCAGGGAGGAGGAUACCAGAGGGAUUACUUUGCUCCUGAGUCUCAGGGACAAAUGGCUAGUUUUGGGGGUAGUGGAAAUGGAAACAGUGGUCAAACCCUGGAGGCCUUUCAGGGACCAGGUCAAAAGGAGUCCUGGAAACACCAAGGAGGAUUUUCCCAUGGCGGGAAAAUGGAUGUGUCGUCUGGAGGAGUUGGCGGCGGUAGCGGUGCAGGAGGAGGUGGUGGCGGUGGCGGCACCGGCUGGGUGCCUGGACCUGUUGGGCAGCAGUUCCGUCCCAGAUUGGAACUUUACAACCCAGAAGAGCCGACGGCGGACCCCAAGUUCUGCAGCCCGGCUGGUGGCGGCAGCGGCGUUGGUCCCGGGUUCGGGGUUUCCGGCGGAACGCAGGGAUUUGUGGGGUAUCCUGCGCCUCAGCAGCUGCAGGGUGGGGAGGACGUGGCCAGGCUGAUCGGAAGCCCCACCCCUCUACAGCCCCACCAGCUCAACGACUUUCACGGUGCCACACCGACACAGCUGCCACACCAAUGCACCAUCUGCGACAAGAAAGUCUACAAUCUAAAGGACUGGGAGCAGCACGUGAAGGGAAAGCUACACCUGCAGAACCGCUCCCUCUACAUUGACGCCUCGGCAGCUGGAGCCACUCACUAUCCAACGACGUCCGAAGGAUGUCUGAAUGCAGCGCUCGCUAACACCAUGGCGUAUUCCUCAAGCGCCGGCCAAGCUGCUGCCAUGAAGUCAUUUCCUUUGUCAGGGGUCGGAUUUGCUCCACACCAGGCUGGGGCGAAGUUCCCCCAGAGAAAACCUUUCCCUGGUCGCGUCGUCCACAUCUGCAACCUACCUGAGGGAAGCUGCACAGAGAAUGACGUCAUCAACCUGGGCCUCCCAUUUGGAAAAGUCACCAAUUACAUUCUCAUGCGUUCCACCCAUCAGGCCUUCCUGGAAAUGGCAUACGUUGAGGCAGCUCAGGCCAUGGUCCAGUAUUACCAGCUGCAACCUGCCACAAUCAACAACCAGAAGCUCCUGAUUCGGAUGUCAAAGCGCUACAAAGAAUUGCAACUCAAGAAACCCGGGAAGGAUGUUGAUUCCAUCAUUCACGAUAUUCACUCGCAGAGGGAGAGAGAGGAGAUGCAAGAGCUGGACCGGUAUGUGCCAGAGCGACCAAGGUCCCGCAGCCCGAUUCGAGGUUCCCUCAGUCCACGUUCACACAGCCCAAGCUUCACAUCAUGCAGCUCCACUCACAGUCCACAGGGAGGGCCGCCUUGCAGGCCGGAGUGGAGUAACGGCAUGGGCCCUCGCCGACCCUCCUGGGACUGGACACCUCAUCCACGUCGGGAUGACGACCGGGAACGGGAACGGGAACGGGAACGGGAAGAGGAGCUUUGGAGGAACGGUGAGGACGACAGGCCCAACGGACGCCUGCCUGACCGCAGAAAAGGCUACCUGAAACCCGGGGACCGUAUCAGUCCCAGGACAAUGGAGGAGCGGGGAGGGCGGGACUGGUACGGCCGUGGGAGCCCGCAGGGCCCUGCGUUCUCCUCUUACAGGGAUAUGGAUAACUUCUACAAGAAGGAGCACAAUUACAAACCAGACAAGCCGCCCAGACUGCCUUACCCGCGACACGAACCAAAGCCGAAGCGGCGGGAGCCGUCGGACUACCACAGACCCCGACACUCGGAAUCUGAAAUAUCUGAGGAACCUCCCAGAAGCCCAGAGGACAGGCGGCAGGGGUCACCAGGAAGGGGGAGAAGCAAGAAGCACAGCAGAAGGUCGCCGGCAGAAAAGGACGACAAGGAUGCCAACAACAAUGUACGCAAUGGGCAAGAAGAUUCCUCAAAGGAGAGGUCAGUCUCUCCUCACAGUGUGGGAAAGAAUACGGAUGCGACAGAAGCUGACCAGGACAAAGAGAGUGUGGCGGAAGACUGGGAGAGUGGAGAGGACACUGAAGGAGAGUUCUGGUACCCGAAAAACAUGGAGGAGUUGGUGACGGUGGACGAGGUUGGGGAGGAAGAGGACUCCAUCAUUGAGCCGGACAUCCUGGAACUGCAGGAAGAAAUCAAAGAGGUGACUGAGGAGAUCAAAGCUGAUCCCAAAACGGCCGUGUUGACCGAAGUGGAGAAACAGGAAUGCCAGGAAAAAAAGGAAAAACAGGAGUCUCCUCCUCGGGAAGACCUAGAGGAUACCGUUGUUGUUGUUGCCAUUUCUUCUUCUAAUAAGGAUAAGGAAUCCCAGGAGGAUAAAGGUCCAUCGGAGCCUCAGUGCUCAGACUUGGACAACUUCCCCACUCAGGAAUUUAAGUCUGCCUUAGAGGAGACUUGUCCUGCGUCAGACAGGACUAACACUGAUGCUUCAAAGCCAGCAGCAGCAGUAGCAGCAGUAGCAGCAGACUGCCUUCCAAAUCACCAUGGGGAAAGUGACGCUGCUAAGACCAUAUCUGAGGCAAACCGGGACAAGGACAGUGACACAGACGGGUCAGAGCGUGUGACUACGGCAGAGAGUGAACACAACAAGGACACGCCGACAAAGGAGGAUGGCCUGUGCCACGGCAGGAAAGACAAUUCGAUACAUGGCCAUUCACCACUUCGGAUAGAUGCUGAAAGCCCCUCGCAAUCUCGGGAACAAGACAAAGCAAUAAAUGAGCACACCAUACCACUGGGUGUUGAGUUUAUUGUGCCAAGAGCGGCCUUCUACUGUAAAUUGUGUGGGCUCUUCUACAGCAGUGAGGAAGUGGCCAAGACAACCCACUGCAGAAGCACUGUCCAUUACAGAAAUCUUCAGAAAUACUUGUCUCAGCUGGCGGAGGGAAGUCUAUUUAUCGGCCACAUGGGCCCCGGUGGCUCGGAGUGACAUCUCGGAUAGCCAAGCAAUGACACGGGGAUGGAUGAUGUCUGCGAUGCACGCAUUCAUUCAUUCGGCUUCGGAGCGGAGGGAAUGUCAAGACGGACGGGACAAGACACAAGCAGAAGUCAAAGAUGACUACGACGAAGACGAUGAUGAAGAAUAAGAGGGCAUGCCACAGGUCGGACAGGAUGAUCAAUAGCAUCGGCAGGUGGUUGUUAGAAAACGAUAUGGCGGAGAGAAUGAGGGACGGGGAGAGGAGAGAGACAUCAAGAGGCAUCAUCCGCCCACAUCUGUGUGAGAUGAUGUGAAGUGGAUGAGGCAAGGCGUUUCACCGUCCGUGACAAACAGCAUCCAGAGUUGGGAGGCUAGGAAGUGACCUUUACUGUACGAACUGAAACUACGGUACUGCACAGUAGCUCUCACAAAAAUCAAUGUUUCAUGGAAAACAUUUUGCUUUUCACAGUGACGAACAGCACCCAGGGUUUGGACGCAUGGAAGUGAACUUAACGGUACAAGAUGAAACUACUGCACAGCAGCUUAACACAAAAUAACACUGUUUUACAGAAAAUAUUUGUGUGAGCAUCUAUGGAAAACCAAGAGGGGUCUUUUAAGAAUUUCUGUGGCCUUGCACAAUGCCAUGUUGUAUUUUCUUCCAAGGGCCACAACUGCACUGAUUUGAGAUUUCUUCCAUAUCAGGAAAAAAACAUAAAUAGUUAUUUGUAUGAAGAAAUUAAAGUUUAUGUCCGUAUAUUUAUAUAAAAUAUAUGAUACAGAUUCUAAGUGCCCAGCUGAAUGUCUACAAUUGCCUAAAACACCCAAUGCCUCUUUUCCACUGCCGCUUUUCUGGUAGGCCUACAGCUCGAAACAGUGCGACUCGGCCGACACUUUUUGCUUUACGAUUGAGCUGUGUUGUGCCUAUUGGAAAAGCAAAAAGUGGCGGCCGAGUCGCGCUGUAGGCCUACCAGCAAAACGGCAGUGGAAAAGAGGCAUAAGUGCACAAGAGCCAGGCUUUAAAUGUUAUUUAUUGUGUCUCAUUGUGGCCGUUAAGAGAGACACAACAAAAGUAUCCUCAGGUAGCUCUAUACUUUUGUUAAAUACUUGUGAAUACAUCUUGAUGCAAAUAUUUCAUUUGAAAUUUGCUUUGUACUUUUGCAAGGUAUGUAUAGACUGACAUUUCCUAUUUUGUCCUGUUCUGUGGGCGGAUUUACUUUACUGUCUAGUGCUUGAAUCGGGUGUCCAGGCAACACCCUAAAUCCCUGACAUCUUUAAAAAAAUAAAUAAAAAUUAAUUAAAAUUUUUUGCAGCAUUAAACUUGAUGCGUUAUCCCAAUAACAUAAUUAAUCAGGUUGAAGAUGAAAAAAUAAAAGAUCUGCACACAGUAAAGACUCAAACAGAUGCAUAAUCCUCUAGACUUGUAGACGCUGUUUACACGUAUAUGGAUAUUUUUUGAAAAAACCUUACUUUUGGCCUCGCAUUUACACAUAGUUUUAGGAAGUGCAUUUUUAAAAAAUCUGGAUUUAAAAAUAUCCCAUUUAGGGGGCUAAAACACAAUUUUUUAAAACAAAUUUUUAUCCACGUCAAGUUUAAAUGUAAAUGGACAAAAAUAUAUCUGCAUUUUAAAAUAUCUGGAUACGUGCAAUCAGCACCUCAGGAGACUUCUAGACGUGGCUCUAGACUUAACGUCCAAAGCCUGCAAGGUAAAUUUUAAGACAAAGUUCAAAGGAUCAGAGACUAUGACACCAGCAAUGAUCUAUGUUCAUAUCAUGUGAAGGAUGUGCCUUAAGCUUCAAGUUUUUACUGCCCUUGUGGUUAAUAUACUUGAUUUAUUGAUCCCAAUUAAUAACAUUAAUUAAUAUUAAUUAUUAAAACAAUUAGAAUUUGUAUCACCAUCUGGGAAGUGUGUUUUACUUCAGAGCCACUUGAACUGGACCAUGCAUUUUUUUAAAAUAAAUAAUUUUAAGUCUACAAAAAUAUAUUUUUGUGGUCAUUCGUGUGAAGAGUGGUUAGCUGCUGACAGAAGGUUGUUUUAUAUACUGUGAAUAUUUUGUGUUGUGGGUGUGACAAGACUUUAAUUUGUUUUGAUGGUAAUUUUGCUAUUUGUUGUUCUAGAAGCAAGUGAAUAAACGUUUAUUUCUGCGA